AUGGAGUCAACAUCAAAGAAUGGUUCUUUUAAUUUAAUAAAGAAUAUUUUUAUUUAUAAUGUUGGUGAAUAUAUAUUAACAUCUGAUUCAUUUCCAAAAAAAGUUUCUGAAAUUGAUUUUAUUUUUGUUUUCAAUGAUUUGUGUUUUGAUUGUUACCAAAACCAACAAUUUUUUAAUGGAAAUGAUAAUAAUCAAUUUUAUUUCAAUUACAUUGGAAAAAGAGAAUUUAAAGAUGGAUUGAUUCCAAAUUGUAUAGUUUAUUUACAUAUGUUUCAAUGGGAAAAUCAAAGAUUAAAUCUCACUCAAGAGACUUUAACCUAUAUAAAUAGUAUUUUUAAAUUUGUUUCAAUUCCUAUUACAACUAUAGAGUUAUCAAAGAAUAAUAAAAAAUUUAAGAAGAUCAGUAACUUUUUAAAUAUUUCAAUAAAUCAAUUGAUUGAUGGUGGAGUUUUAUCUUUUAGUUCAGAGGAGAUACUUAUUGGAUCAAAUUCAAGUUUAAUAGAAAUAAAAAAUAUUCCAUGUAACACAAACAAUCAAGAUAAUAAUACAAAAUCUCUCUAUUUGACAGUUUUUAGGAAUAAAUUUUUAGCUUAUGAAAUUUAUAAAAAUCUUUUUUAUAAAUUAAAUUGUAAAAACUUAGAGAAAUCCUUAGCUAGAGGAAUUGCCAAUUCAAUAAACAAAGGUGAUCUUUCAAAAAGUGAGAAAGAAAUUAUCAAAACAAUCCAAUUCAUUAGAGAAAAUGAUUUUAAAAAUAGAAAUUAUUUCAAAUUUUUAUUCUCUAAUACAUCAUUUUGUGGUAGUGGAGAAGGUCAAAUAAAUUUUGGUGAUUUUAAUAAAUGGAUUACCAUAAUUGUUCAAUGUAAAAAUGUCGUGGCACUUCAAAUGUAUCAUUUAAUUUUCCCAGAGAAUUUUAAUAUUCAAAAGAAAAAAAUAAUAGAAUUAAUUAAUGAAAAAUAUUUAUUAUAUAAUUCAAAACAUGAUCUUGAAUUUCAUUUUUAUUUAAAUGAAUAUUUUAAAAACUUGGUUGAAAAUGAAUCAAUGGUUAAUCUUAGUGCCAAAAAAAUUUUUACAAUGGAAGUAACAUUUAGAAAUAAUUUAGAAAUCUUAAAGAAUUAUACAAGUCGGUUACUUGAAAUUGUAAGAAAUAAUAAAAUCAAAUCAAAUGGUAAUUCAAGUCUUCGAGGAUCAUCUUUUGAAAUUGAUAUAAUUAAAAAUAUUCUUUUAACUUGUAAUUUAUACUUAAUUGAAGAAGUUUUCAAAGCAAAUGCAAUCGAUGCAAAAAAAAAGUUGUAA